AUGUCGUGGCUUUUGGCGGAUAUGAAAAAAAAGAUGAACGAGGCGAAAACGACAAUAGAACAGAGCUUCAAGCAAGUCGCCGAGACUACUAACAUGGUAGGUGAACACACGAAACAUUCGUUAUCGCUUCGAUAGUUUAAGACGGAAAAGGAGCAAAACGAGGAAGAAGCUCCAGUUUCACCCGAAGAGAAAGAGCAAAAAGAGCCGAUGAAGACGGAAGAGGAACCGACGUCGCCUCAAGAAUCAACCGCCGAAGCUGCAAAAAAGUCGAUGGUCGCUCUGUUCGGAGGACUGAAAGCGGGCAGUGGAGUGGCAUCGACGAAGCUGUUCGAGUAUGCAAAGGAUGCGACGAAAAAGUUAGAGGAGGUCAAGAAUGCCGUUAUUGAGAAUGUGAGCAGCAUAAUUUUCCCUCCUAAUCGAGAUCUUUCCUGCAGACAAUGCUCGGCGAUCUGAACAAAGAGCAAGAUGAGUUUGAGAAGAAGCUCGAGGAAGAACGGGAGAAGCUCAAGAAUAUGCCAAUGCCAUGGGAAGGUCUUCCGGAUGAAGUUCUCGCCAAAAAGCAGAUGAUGUCGUUGUCCACGGACACUCGCAACUUCCUUCGCGACUCAGCGGCGAGCAGCGAGUAUUCUUACGAAGAGCAGCAGGCGAUGGCCAAGCGGCUUCUGAAGGAAGAUCCUAAUCUGGCCAACGUGCGGUUCCAAUUGGUGCCAAAACAGUGAGGAAUUGUAGAGAGAAUAGCAUCAAAUAACACAAACAUUUUCAGAGUGAAAGAGAAUCAAUUCUGGCAAAACUACUUCUACCGAAUCGGGCUAAUUCGUCAAUCGAUGAUCGGACAAACUACCGGAAGAACGACGCCCACAAUGACAACUAGCACUUCCUUAGUCGUCGAGAAAAUAGAAGAGCCGGUGGAGAAGGCUGAGGCUCCAGCUGAGCAACAGGCCAAGAAGCUAGAAGUAGAGGAGGCGACGGAGAAGGAGCCCGAGCUGGACGUGACACAGGAGAGCGAGGAAAGCGAAGAGGAGAAAGAGCCAGUUCUGGAGCAGCCAGCGGCUCCAGGAGAACAGACUCUGACUAGCGUUGGUUAGUAAAUGUGUGGAUGUAUUCUGAAAUUGAAAUCAUUCUUUCAGAUGAGGAAUGGGAACGGGAGAUUCUCGCCGACCUGAACGACUACGAUGAUGUCGUUGAGAAGACUGGCGGAAAAGACGAAGAUGCGUGGGAGGCAGAGAUUCAAGAGCUCCUCAAUGCCGAGUAA